GUUUUGCUUAUAGCACUCGAGCGGCCGUCGCUAACAAGCGACACUUGAGUCGCUAUUACCCGACGAGAAAUUGAAUUAAUGCCAUUAGAAUUCAUACUUUGAGGAUGUUUUUGAUACUGUAUUUCUUAUUCAUAAUACGUCAAGUUUCGUCGUAUCGUUACUUGCCAGACUCUGGGCAUGUUCCAUAUUCCUAUUCCACCCUCGAACGUGAUCUGCUAGCCAAUGCCACUGAAGUACCGCACCACGUACUUAUAGUCUAUGGUUCCUGGUAUUGCUCUGGAAGCCUGACAGCUAGUAAAAUCGUUGUCACUGCCGCUAGCUGCUUCAUUCAUUAUAAUGGGGAGGCGAUAGCUGUCAAAAUUGGCACCGAAUCGAUAACUGCUACUGGACAAAUAAUAUCAGUCGUUGAAUACAAAACACACGAAUAUUUUCAACAUUAUAGCAAAAUUGAUAAUGAUAUUGCAUUAAUGGUUCUAAAGGAAAAUGUCGAUUUUGAUGACGGAGAUAUUGAAAAGGUUGUCUUAAUACAGCCUGACGUUGCUCUUCGUGUUAAUACGCUUCUACAUGUUUACGGAUGGGGUGGUCCGGAAAAGGCAGUGAAGUACCAAAAUAUGCCUCUGUGUUCUGAUAUGCUUGUACUUGAUAGAACGGAGUGUGUGUCACGCUAUGGACGACUCAUGACUUCAUCGAAUUUUUGCGUAAGAUUUAAUCUUCAACGAAAGCUGAGCGAUAAUGGUGGAAGUGCAAUAUACAAUAGAACUUUAGUAGGGAUCCUAUCAGCUGGAGGCAAUAGCAAUGACUUGCCGCACUUUGCUAUUCUAACUAAUGUAUCUUAUUUCCAUAGAUGGAUUAAACUCAACACGGAGAUGUAUUUAAGAAAAUAUUGCUCAGCUCCCAAGUCUAAUGAGUAUUAUCAAAUUCGGUCUUCGGAGAUUCCUGAAACCUAGUCAAUAUUAUUAAUGAAAACUAAACAAAAGAAAGUUGUAAUUUUUUAUUUUCUAAGCAAAUUUUGGAGGCAGUUUUCGAUUCCAUGCAGACUAGAUCACUACGGACCCCGACGCUUACAAAGUACCUGCAAUAAAUCAAUUAGUCGAUAUUACGAGAUAGUGUUGUGUACUGACAGCAAUAUAAAUAUGAAAACUAAGUAGCCACCUUAUCACUGAUAACACUUCAUCCAAAAUAAAUACUCUACUAAAUGAGGUGCGGGUUACAAAGAGUAAAGUACUGCCAUCAAGUACUUUCGUCUCUUUCUAUCAAAUUUUAUUGAACACAUCAAGAAGAAGACAAAUGAGUAGUUUUAUUAAUACGGUGGAGUUUUUAUAAUAUUUUAAUUUUGAGAAA